CUUGAAAAAAGUUGAGGUUAGGAUUGUUCGUUGUUCUGUCUGGAUAAAUUUAUGGGUUAUGUUUCAUGUUUCCCUGUUUCGCAUUUCAAUUUUUCACUUGAUUCUUGAUUUGGAUUAGUUUAGUUUCGAUUUUUUGAAUCCCCAUUUAUCCAUACCUCAUAAUACUUCAAGUUCAGCUAUAAAAUUUCAAUACAUCAUGGAUGAAUUUGACGAUUUACCCGAAGAUUUGGGAGACGUAGAAGUAAUCUAUUCUGAUGGAGAGGAGUAUGAAUUCGACGAUGGUGAGUCCGAAGUGCCCAUCAAUGAUAUGCCCAUGGAUGCUGACCAAAGAAUAGAAACCGAAGUAAUUGACAUAUCGAAACUUACUUUUGAUAAACAUGGAAAGUCCAUAUUUACCAGUGGGGUGAGCAAGGAUCAAGCAUUGGCUGUGACAGGUGGUGAAGACGAUAACGCUUAUGUGUGGAAUACUAGCACGAGUGAAAUUGUAUUUGAAUGCACUGGCCAUAAAGAUUCAGUAACCGAAGUAGGUUUUAAUCACAAUGAUCAAUAUAUUGCUACAGGAGACAUGGCUGGAAUGAUUCAGGUAUGGUCAGUCAAGGAUAAAAAAUUAGUCUGGUGUUUCGAAGGUGAUGACAUGGAAUGGCUAACUUGGCAUCCCCUGACUAAUGUACUAAUAUGUGGUUGUCAGUCUGGGGACAUUUACAUUUGGCAAAUUCCAUCAGGAAAUUGCAAAGUUCUACCUACGCCUAGCAAUGUAGCGACAACAUGCGGCAAAGUGCUGCCAAAUGGCAAACAAUUGCUCGUCGGAUACGAAAAUGGACACAUCAGGUUAUGGGAUAUAAAGGAGAGUACUGCUGCUUGGACUAAUACUGAUAACAACACUGUAAACACAAUAGAUAUAAAUUCAGAUGGAACUUUAGCUAUAACAGCUCCUGGUGCUCAAGUAAUAAAACUUAUAGACGGCAACACAAUUGGAAAUGUUUUAUUGGAAGGUGAAACUGAAAUAGAAGCUGCGCUAUUCAACAACGAUCUCGGUGUUAUUGUAACCGGCUCAUUAUCAGGGCAACUAUGUGUGUGGCAAGUAGGCAAAUUCUCCAUAAGACAUCAAGCCAGAAUUGAAUGUGCAGUGACUUUACUCAAAGCGGGUACUGAUAAUAGGGUUUUUGUUGGUGCCACUGAUGGUGCCGUUUAUAUUUGCGACGUGAAAGCGGGUACUUUGAUUGAUGUUUUAACAGGACACAAGGGUGAUAUUUUGAGUAUAACUGCGUUUUCCGAUGGGAAUAGGAUUCUUACUACUUCAGAUGAUGGAAGUGCAAAAAUUUUUCAAACUAGGUAAAUUUUUAAAUUGUGCUAAAGUCUUUACAAAGUAAGUUGAAACAGUCAUAAUGAUAAAACUGUCUCCAAUACAUAUACAUAUGAACAAUUAUUGAACCAGAAUGUAGAGCUACUGCUAAAUCAAAUUGGGAAUAAGUUGAAUUACAAUAUGCUGUUAAAAAAACAAUUGACCAUCCUGUUAAUUUUUUUGAUUUAUAAAUUCAAAAAAAGGAACAUCUUUUCUACUCCAUUUGUUAACUGAAUUUAUAUUAUAUGUAUUUUACAUGUUACAAUAAUUUUAUUUUAUUAAAAAUAUACUGAUUAAAUAUUUA